AUGUCGUUUGAUAUCGUUUGUGUGCGCAACUAUGAGUCCUUUGGAACCUCUCUUCUGAUCACCAGCCCAUGCACCUUGGGCCCACCAAGAGGCGGUGAUCAAGGGGGAAACCUUUACAGCCCUUCUUCUCAAUUUGGGAACAAGUUUCUUGUCAUAGUGACCGGAGUGGCAGUGAGGGUGAGGGAAUUGACUAAGCUUCUGUUGACAUUUUGCCAGCUCCAGAUCGAUUUGAUUUCCAGCCUGUGGGGCUUAUUGGAAGGAGGAAUAUUCCUACAAUCUUAUGAAGUUGCGUGCCAACAGUUCCUGAGUGGCACCUUCCUUCAUGGUAGAGUUCACCCCGCAGAGUCUCAUUUUGUACUCUUUCAGGCUCUUGCAUUUGCAUCUCGUUGCGAGAGGUAUUACGUGGUAUUUAUAUUGUAA